AUGAGACCCCCAAUGUCUGGUCCGACGGGCAAACGCGGCAAUCAGGGCGGUUGGGAGGGCCCGCCCAACAAGCGCUUCAACAACAAAGGCAAUCGCGGCGGCGGACAGGGAGGAGGCGGUGGCGGAAACUGGCGUCAGGGCGGAGGCGGCGGCGGUGCCGGCCAUCAGAACAAACAGAAUAAUCGCAACUUUAAUAACAAUCAGCGAAACAACAAUAAUAAUAACCGAAACAAUAGUAAUAAUCGGGAAAUCAAUCGAAGCAAACAAAACGAUACACAACUGGAAAGACGACAACAACACGAUUUGGCGCAAAAAGCGGCCGAAUCUCUGGUCAAUAAGGAAUAUACGAUCGAAACGGUUGCUCCCAAAACAGAUGAUGAUAAAAACAAGAAUUUAGAUAUCGAUGCCGCGCAAGAAAAGUAUUUAUUGGCUGUCUUUGGAUACGUUUGC